AAUGGGUCUGACUCCUCUUCUUCAACUACCCAUUCAUAAUUUGAAUGUCAAUCUAAAUCUUCUGUUGUGUUCAAAUGGAAGUUUCAUUAGAAUCAUUGAACCCCAUGUUCAAGGCACUGCCUAUUUCUUUUUAUUUGUUUAUAUAAAUCUGUGUUUACAUAUUAGGUUUUAUGUUAUACCAAUCGUCUGAAAUCCGAUUAGUUGUUUUUGUUUGAUUUUUCUUCAUGUUGGGAGUAAGGAGGAUUAAAUUAUAUACUUAUCUUUCCCUAUUUAAAGCAUUUCCAUCUUCUUUACCCUCCUCUGCACUUCAUUCUUCGUUGAAUCGAGCUUUCUUGAACUCUUCGUCGUCUUCCCUUUUCAGCUUCAGAACACGAAACAAAAGUCCAACACUCAGCCGAGGCAUGUCUUCUUCAUCUGCAACUCUAGAGAAAGUGACUCCUCCGGCUAAUAUUCAACAGCUUGAACUAUUGAGUGGAGUUUAUGAUCGUUAUGAUGGAGUCAUUGUAGAAAUGAAGGACCCUAUGGACCCAAAUGAAUUUGGUUCUUUGCUUAGAGCUUCAUUAUCUCAAUGGAAACAACAGGGUAAGAGAGGUAUUUGGAUCAAAUUGCCUAUUGAACUUGCAAAUCUUAUUGAAGUUGUUGUUAAGGAAGGAUUUGAUUUCCACCAUGCCGAACCUAAUUAUCUAAUGCUCGUGCGAUGGAUCUCUGAAACUACGAAUAACCUUCCGGCUAAUGCCUCUCAUCGCGUGGGCAUCGGUGCAUUUGUAAUGAAUAGUAAUCGAGAGGUGCUUGUGGUUCAAGAGAUUAGUGGCAAAUUCAAAGGUACAGGAGUUUGGAAGUUACCAACUGGAGUGGUUAAUGAGGGAGAGGAUAUUUGUGAAGCAGCAAUUAGAGAAGUAAAAGAAGAGACUGGCGUUGAUGCAGAAUUUGUAGAAGUGUUAGCAUUCAGGCAAAGCCACAGUGCAUUUUUUACAAAAUCAGAUUUGUUUUUCGUAUGCAUGUUACGACCACGUUCCUUUGACAUUCAAAAGCAAGCUUCAGAAAUUGAGGCCGCCAAGUGGAUGCCCAUUGAUGAAUAUGCAGAUCAACCCUUUGUUAAAGCAAAUUCGGGUUUCGACUACGUGGCAAAAGUAUGUUUAGCAAAGGCGAACAACAGCUAUACGGGGCUCUCAGCUAUGCCUACGUAUUCUGCGUCUGGUAAAAUGACGUUCCUCUACUCAAAACUUGAAAUCUGAACUCAUACUUCAGCAGCAACAUCGAUGAUGACUCCCUCUAACCUCUGCAUUCCAAGAAGCUCAAAAGAAUCUGUAAAGUCUUUAUGUACAGAUCAUUUGUGCAUUAAAUCUCCAUCCCGUUUGGUUUGUGGUUCGAGAAAAUUGGGUAAUAGUUAGUCAGUCACAUGAUUUGUUCAUUAAAUGUAUUUAUAUAUUGUUUUUUAAAAUGUUAGCACUAAGGUGGAGUUAAUAAGAGUGCUUCGAGUUGCAAUAAACUUCGUUCAAAAAAAAAAAAAAAAACGACACGAUGUUUCUUUCUAAAAUUCAACACCAUAUAAUUAUGUUGUACUCAAAAUAAUAACAAACAUAAUAUUUAUCAAUGAUUUUAUAUCAA